GGCGCCACGCGAGGCAGGGGCGGGCCUGGCUGUCCAGACAGAGGCGGCGGCGGCGGCGAGGAGCGGAGCCUUGUGUCGCCAGCUGCCUUCCUGCCCGCUUGCCAUGGCUGCCGAGGUGUCCACGCGGGCGGGCCGGUUCCGCCUGCUCUCGGCGCCUUCCUCGCGCCGGGCGCCGCUGGCGGCGGAGGACUCUUCGUCCUCGUCGGAGAGCAGCGGCGGCGAGGAGGGCGGGAGCUGCCCGUCGGGGCGCGGGCGGCGCGGCGGAGGGGCGCGGCGAGGCAUCCCGGGCGGCGAGGAGGGCAGGCCCGGCCGCGCGGCGCAGAUCAUCCACUCGGGCCACUUCAUGCUCUCCUCGCCGCACAGCGAGCACCCGCCCAAGAAGGGCUACGACUUCGACACGGUCAACGAGCAGACCUGCCAGACCUACCGCUUCGGGGCGGCGGCGGCGGGGGCCGAGGAGGGCGGCGGAGGAGGCGGGCCCGGCGGCGGAGGCCCGGGAGGCGGCGGAGGAGGCCCGGGAGGCGGCGGAGGAGCCGGAGGGCGACUCAGCAUCGACGCUUCGCUCACCAAGCUCUUCGAGUGCAUGACUCUGGCCUACAGUGGCAAAUUGGUCUCUCCGAAGUGGAAGAAUUUCAAGGGCCUCAAGCUUCAAUGCCGGGACAAAAUCCGGCUCAACAACGCCAUCUGGAGAGCCUGGUACAUCCAAUAUCUGGAGAAGCGGAAGAACCCUGUGUGCCAUUUUGUGACUCCCUUGGACGGCUCUGUGGAGGUAGAUGAGCACCGUCGUCCUGAGGCUAUUGCGACAGAAGGGAAAUAUUGGAAACGACGUAUAGAAAUUGUGAUCCGAGAGUAUCACAAGUGGAGAACGUACUUCAAGAAAAGGUUGCAGAAGCACAAAGAUGAAGACCUUUCCAGCUUGGUCCGGGAUGAUGAUAUGCUGCUCUGGCAGAAUGAGAGCUAUGGCAGGGAGACCCCGGUCCCAAUGGAACUGGACUCCCUUUUUAGCACCGACAUGCUCAUGUCGGAGUUGCCGGACACCCUCUUCUCCACGUUGUCUUCUCACCAGCCAGUCUGGCCAAGUCCCAGAGAGAUAGCACACCUAGGCAAUGCUGACAUGAUUCAGCCAGGACUGACUCCUCUCCAGCCCAACUGUAUGGAUACCUUUGAACUUUUUCAAGAACUUUUCAUGUCAAAUCGUACCAUUAACUGCUUCAGUGCCAUGACUCCUACUGCCAGUUCUGCCAUGGCGGAUGCCUGUACUCAUUCUUCGCAGACUUCGGACCUCUCUCCGGGCUCUUUGUCCAGCCCUCUUCCCCCGGUCAACCUCAGCGAAGGGCUCAUUGCCACCCCAGUGCCUGCUCCCAUCAUUCCUGGUGUGGUGGACAUUGGUGUCGACCAGUGCCUCAACCUGAGGAGUGGGGACUCCUUCCUAGAGCCGCCCGGUUUCAGCUCCACCCCUUCGCUGAGCAACCAACCUCCGUUCCUGCCUCCUUUUCCGGAUCUCGUGCCGCUCCUGCAGCCGGGUGUUCCUUCUCUGCCGUCCCAACUGCCUCUGAAUGCUGGCUUGACCUCCCAGACGCCCAUCUUUGCUCCUUCGGAGCCCCCCAAGUUUGGGCUCUGCAAGUCUUCUGUGAUCACCCACACGGCCUCGGCCACCCUGACGCGGAAUGUCCCGGCCACCACCUUCAGCCACAGCCAGGCCGGCCUCGUGGCAACGCAACAGCCGGGAGGAGUGCCUUGCAACCUGACCCUUCAGGCUGCGGUCCCGCAACAACAACCUCUUCUACAGCCGCACACAAACUUCGCCCUCCCCGUCGCGGGCUCCAGGAUGAGGCCCAAGAAGCCGCAAAAGAUAGUGCCUGCCCCAAAGCUAGAGACUGUCUCCUUGGUGUUGAAAAAUGCCUUCAUUGCCCCAGCAGCCUUUCAGGGACCAUCCCGAGCGGUGAUUGUAUCUCCUGCAGCUAUGAAAAGAGAAGGUGUUUUGGCCCCCGGAAUGUCUCAGCCCGGUGUGGUCAUGCCCAGAGUGCCUCGAGCCACAGAAUUCCACAGCGGUAUUCUGCUCAGCCCCGGCCAGGCGCCUCCGAGUCCCCAGGCGGUCUCCGCGGCCAUUCCGCAUCUUUUUUCUCCCAGUGCAAUCCAGGAAGGCCUGGUGAAAGGCGAACAGCCCCCUCCCCACCAAACCUGCUGCCAGGUGCCCUCGCCUAGUCGAGACUGUCAACCUUCGGGACAAGCCUCUCCGUGUACUUCGGAACAGAGCCCAAGCCCUCAGUCCCCACAGAACAACUGCUCAGGGAAAACCACAACUGAUCCUCAGGUGGUGGUCUUUAAGGCACAGAAUCGCAGGAUGAAGCAUAUUUCAGCAGAACAGAAGAGAAGGUUCAACAUCAAGAUUGGCUUUAGCACCCUCAACAGCUUGGUGUCAACAAGCUCUAAAUCGCAGAUCAGCCAUGUCCUCACGCUCCAGAAGACAGUGGAGUACAUUGCAAAGCUGCAGCAGGAGAGGUCCCAGAUGCAAGAGGAGGCCAAGCGUCUCCGAGAAGAAAUCGAGGAGCUGAACGCCACCAUCAUCUCUUGUCAGCAGCAGCUGCCUGUCACAGGGGUCCCCAUCACGCGGCAGAGAUUUGAUCAGAUGCGGAAUAUGUUUGCAGAAUACGUCCGAAACCGGACCUUGCAGAAUUGGAAGUUUUGGAUUUUCAGCAUUAUCAUUAACCCCUUGUUUGAAACAUUCAAUGAAAUGGUGUCCACGACCAGCUUAGAGGAGCUGAACCAGACGGCGUUGGCCUGGGUCGACCAGCACUGCUCCCUGCCUGUUCUGCGGCCCAUGGUUCUGAGCACGCUCCGUCACUUAAGCAUUACCACCUCCAUUCUUUCCGAGCCCUCCCGCUUGCCGGAGCAAGCCACCGAUGCCGUGAUCAAGUCCAACAAAACCGCGGGGGAAACCUAACCCAAGGUGACGGAGAUCAGCUCUUCGGAUGUCCGAGCCUUAUCGGGACUUGGCAAGCUCCUUGCGGGCGAUGUGCCUCUUGCGUAGGACCUUGGCAUUGAGUGGAGAGGUUGGCAAAGGGGGGUGAGAGGAGAAGCGGAGGGACGGGCCACGGACCCGGUGUGGCUUGGGUCAAAAGGGAAAGCCAACUCAGGUAAACAGGCAGGGCGGUCCACCCGCACCAAGCAAUAGAAGCACUCCAUCAAUGCAACCUCUUGAAAUAUGCAGUGCUAGUGUUUUGAUUUUUUUCCCCGGCAACCUAACCUCAGACGUCAAGGGCUUGUAGACAAAGGACAGACACACCACAAGCUCACUCCUGACUUGAGGAAAUCUAACACGCUUUCUGUUUGAUGCUCAUAUGACUUUGCCAUGCUAGGAAAUGCCUCCUAGAAUGAUGGUUGGUUUUAGCCAUCUAGGUAGCCGUGCCGUUUGGGCCUCAUGCCCCGCAAGCCAUGGGAGCAUAGAAUCGUAGAGUUGGAAGAGACCUCACGGGCCAUCCAGUCCAACCCCCUGCAAGAAGCAGGAAAAAUCAUGUCUGUUAGGAAUUAAUAUCAGCCAAGGGCAGGAGAAGGGAUUUGUGCCGGGGAAGGCAGUGCUUUGGGAGGGAAUUCAGGAGCCACCUCGCUCUCCAAGGCUGACUUCACAGCUCUCGAUGAAUCUAGCAAUAGGGCUUUCGCUCAGUCAAGAAAAACUUCAGUUGGUUUAGCCCAGUGGUUCCCAAACUUAUUUGGCCUGCCGCCCCCUUUCCAGAAAAAAUAUGACUCAGCACCCCCUGGAAAGGGGGGGGCGUGGCUUAGAGGGGUGGGUGUGGCUCCUGCUCAAGAGGGCGGGGCUGAGCCUCUCCCCUAGUCAAAGACGCAGGGCUGCGAGGGGGAGGGGGCGGGGCCACAAAUGGGCGGCCAGGACUGGGAUGGGCGGAGCUACGAGCUCUGAGGCAGGGCUGAGCUUCUAUCCCUCUCUUGCGGCGAUUGCCAGGACACAGGGCGGGGCUAGAGGAGGGGGCGGGGCCUCUAUACCCACCUCUGUGCUCUAACAAGCGCCUCAGGGGAGGUAUACAGAGGCUCUUGGGAAGAGGCCUAGCCCUGUCCUUUAGUCCUAAAAGGCCUCCCAGGAGAGGUAUAGAGGCUCAGCCCUGUCUUGGGCUCUUGGAAGGAGGCCCCGCCCCCUUCCCUAGCUCCACCCUCUGUGUCCCAAGAAGUGCCUCAGGAGAGGUAUAGAUCCUCAGCCCUCUCUCAGGCUCUUGGGAAGAGGCCCCGCCCCUAGCCCCGCCCUUUAGUCCUAAAUGGACUCCCAGGAGAGGUAUAGAGGCUCAGUCCUAUCUCAUGCUCUUGGGAAGAGGCUUCGUCCACUCCUCUAGCUCCGCCCCCUGUGUCCUAACAGGCGCCUCAGGUGCUCAGCCCUGUCUCCGGCACUUGGGAAAAGGCCCUGCCCCUCCCCUGGCCCUGGCCUUGCCCCUUUGGGAAUCACUGGUUUAGCCAGUUGCCUUCAUUUGCCUGACUGAACCAAUAGUCCUGAAUGCAGGAAAGGUAUUUCCUGUCUUGUUGAAGGCUUUCAUGGGUUGUUGUGUGUUUUCCGGGCUGUAUGGCCAUGUUCCAGAAGCAUUCUCUCCUGACGUUUCGCCCACAUCUAUGGCAGCCAUCCUCACUCACAACCUCUGAGGAUGCCUGCCAUAGAUGUGGGCGAAACGUCAGGAAAGAAUGCUUCUGGAACAUGGCCAUACAGCCCGGAAAACACACAACAACCCAAGGUAUUUCCUGCUUUCCUUUCAUAGGGAUGUCCCAGGCGUCAUUUUGGAAACCGCAUUCCCUCCUUUGUCUUGGAGGGAACGGAGAAAUGCUUCCUGCGAUCACGCUUGCCUUUUACAGUUUUUACAAGCUGGCAUGCAUUUGUUUGUUCACACAUUUGUACAUAUGUAUUGUAUGUAUGUAAUUGACAGGGAUGUAAAUCCCUCCCGCUCCCCACCCACACCUCAAUAAUCAUGCUUUCUCUCCAUCAGUUUAAUUUAACCCAUGAAUUCAUCAAACAUGACAUCUUCUAGUUUCGUAGCAGCUCCACUUAGUAGUUGCUAUUAUACCCGUUCCUAUUUUCAGCUCCAUUUGAUCCGUUGAGUGUGUUCAAAAUAGUCUGCAGAUGACUAUCCUGAUACUGUGAAUCCAACAUAUUUCCUAACUUUUAAUUCUUCCAGUUGUCUUUGUGCUUUGCUUUUUGUUCCAGACUCACUUCAAAACCAAACCAGGAGUGUUGUGUUUGGAAAACUGCGCUGUUCCUUCUUCCCACGCUCCUUCCUGGGUUUCACAGACACUGGUACUUUCUACCUGAUGUUCUCCGUCUUUGGAGAUCCAGCUUUCUCAGGUCACCUUGAGCAGGGAUCUUAGCCACCCUGCCUCUGUAGCCACAGCUAGGCACAUAACAAUGCAACAUUUUCUUCUCUCGGGGAAAUAUUUCGGUGCAUGGACAUAUUUUUAGGAACAUAAAAGGAUCCAUGCUAGGUGUCCUUCAACAGCACUCUUGUUCAUGUUGCCCAACAACUGCUAUUCAGAGAUCGCUUCUCAUUCUGGAAAUAAUGCAUAGGCAAUGGCAUUGUGUGUAGCUAGUAGCCUUAUACUUGUUCAGUCCCUCUUUACAACCAUCCAAAUGGGUUGUCGUUGCUUCAUCUAGAGCAGUGGUUCCCAAACUAUUUGGCCUGCCGCCCCCUUUCCAGAAAAAAGAUGACAGUGCCCCCUGGAAAGGCGGGCGUGGCUUAGAGGGGUGGGUGUGGCUCCUGCUCAAGAGGGCGGGGCUGAGCCUCUCCCCUAGUCCAAGAUGCAGGGCUGGGAGGGGGAGGUGGGCGGGUUCACAAAUGGGCAGCCAGGACUGCGAUGGGCGGAGUUACGAGCUCUGAGGUAGGGCUGAGCUUCUAUCCCUGUCCUGGACACGGGCCGGGGCCUUUUCCCAAGUGCCUGAUGGGGCUGAACCUCUAUACCCCGCCCCCAUGUUCUAACAAGCGCCGCAGGGGAGGUAUAUAGAGGCUCAGCCCUAUCUCGGGCUCUUGGAAGGAGGCCCCGCCCCCUUCCCUAGCCCCACCCUUUAGUCCUAAAAGGCCUCUCAGGAGAGGUAUAGAAGCUCAGCCCUAUCUCAGGCUCUUGGAAGGAGGCCCCACCCCCUUCCCUAGCCCCACCCUUUAGUCCUAAAAGGCCUCAGGAGAGGUAUAGAGGCUCAGCCCUAUCUCGGGCUCUUGUAAGGAGGCCCUGCCCCUUUCCCUAGCCCCACCCUUUAGUCCUAAAAGGCCUCUCAGGAGAAGUAUAGAGGCUCAGCCCUAUCUCGGGCUCUUGGAAUGAGGCCCCGCCCCCUUCCCUAGCUCCACCCUCUGUGUCCCAACAAGCGCCUCAGGAGAGGUAUAGAAGCUCAGCCCUAUCUCAGGCUCUUGGAAGGAGGCCCCACCCCCUUCCCUAGCCCUGCCUUUUAGUCCUAAAAGGCCUCUCAGGAGAGGUAUAGAGGCACAGCCCUAUCUCAGGCUCUUGGAAGGAGGCCCCGCCCCCUUCCCUAGCCCCACCCUUUAGUCCUAAAAGGCCUCAGGAGAGGUAUAGAGGCUCAGCCCUAUCUCGGGCUCUUGUAAGGAGGCCCUGCCCCUUUCCCUAGCCCCACCCUUUAGUCCUAAAAGGCCUCUCAGGAGAAGUAUAGAGGCUCAGCCCUAUCUCGGGCUCUUGGAAUGAGGCCCCGCCCCCUUCCCUAGCUCCACCCUCUGUGUCCCAACAAGCGCCUCAGGAGAGGUAUAGAUGCUCAGCCCUGUCUCGGGCUCUUGGGAAGAAGCCACGUCCACUCCUCUAGCUCCGCCCCUGUGUCCUAAUAGGUGCCAUCACCACCCCCUGAAUUGCUGCAGCGCCCACCAGGGGGCGGUAGCGCCCACUUUGGGAAUCACUGCUAUUCAGUAUGUUAACGUAGCAUUCAGUAGCCAAUUUUUUAAAAAAAUGCUUAAUAUUCCUUGUGUUUGAACUGUAGCCGAACUACCGUAUCUCUCAAGCAUUUGAUGACAAGAGAGAGGUGGAGGUCUGCCUUUCUGAGCAGUUUUCUACAGGUGCUACGAAAACGUGGUGUUAGCUUUAUUUUCAGAAGAAGGAGCUGCCUGUUCGGUCUAGCAAUUCGGUCUAGAUUUCGGUCUAGCAAUUCUCGGAAAGAAUUUCACUUCAGGGAAAAUCUGACAAAGGAACGAAAAUGCUUCCGUAAAAUACAGCAAAUGCAUUCAGUAACACACGAUAUACCUCUAUGGCAUGUACUUGUUCACCUGUUUUUCCGUGCGGCACUUUUUAGGUGCCUAGUUGACAAGCAGCCGAGACAUUAUAGCCUUUGUCCUGACUUACACUCCUCCUUAAGUCACAGAAGACACAUUUCUGGGAGACCUCUUGCCUUGUCACUAUCCCAGCUCACCUCGAUCCUCACCACGUUCACUCCUAUGUCAUCUCCAAAGAGAAUUGAAUGUAUUCCUUUCCCACAAGCGAGCAUCUUUAACCUUGUAUCACACUCGUCAUAAUAAGCUGUACUUCACAACUCGGCUGUUGUUUUUUAUCCGCUGAGUAAAUGGAGAAAAUCAUCAGCAAAAGGCAUGAUUCUGUCUGGCUUUGUAACGUUGCCAUUCGUGUACAGCAGUGGUUUUGCAUCCGAUCACACCGUGUAUCUCGACGGCAACCUUAAAUAUGCAUUUUCCUUCAAUAAAUGAUAUUGGAAUUUCAAA